GGACGCUUAAAAAAACCAGCGAUGCACGCAAAGCAGAGCACAGCCUGAUCGCUUAUAUUUUAGCUUGUACACAUCCGAUCUAUACUUUCUGCAAAACAAGCGAGCAGGACUGACAUCAAACCUAUUUGCGGACACAGUUAAAGCGUUGCUGCCCAGCAUCUCUGGGUAUUGUCAGCUGGCGGAUAAAGUUUACCCACCCCUCCCUCAAGAUGCAUAUGAAUAGCUUAUUAAAUCAAUGGACGGACAUCUCCAGGAUGUGUGAUGUGGAUGUGUCCUCGGAGCCAACCAGCCCCACCCUGUGUGGCGAGUCCUCGGACCAGUACUACCAUGUGGACCGCUGGCAGAAGCUCCGCACGGCUGUUCGUAAGCUGGAGUUCUGGGAAAACUUCACCGCCGAGCUCAUUGGCAGCGGCUUCUUUUCCAAAGUCUACAAGGUGAUGCACACCACCACCCGUAAGGUGAUGGUGGUGAAGAUCUAUAAGAAUGACGUGGACCAGGACAGCAUCGUACGAGAGAUCAGCCUGCUGCAGAAACUCUCCCAUCCAAACAUUGUCAGGUAUCUGGGGAUCUGUGUGAAGGAGGACAAACUUUACCCAAUCUUAGAGUAUGUCAGCGGGGGUUGUCUGGAGGAGCUGCUGGCCAGAAAGGACGUCCCCCUCUGCUGGAGAGAGAAAGUCGACCUGGGCUGUGACAUCAGUAGAGGAAUGAUCUAUCUGCACUACAAGAACAUCUACCACCGAGACCUCAACUCUAAAAACUGUCUGAUCCGGCUGACACCUCGGGGCAGGGAGGCCCUGGUGACAGACUUUGGCCUGGCCAGGGAGGUGGUGGAGCUUCCUGUCAAAGACCCAGGCAGGAAACUGUCGCUGGUGGGCUCUGCCUUUUGGAUGGCCCCCGAGAUGCUCAGAGGAGAACCAUAUGACCGAAAGGUGGACGUUUUCUCUUUUGGGAUUGUGCUGUGUGAAAUCCUUGCCAGGAUCCCUGCUGACCCAGAGAUACUGCCCAGAACACAGGACUACGGGCUUGAUGUGAAUUCUUUCAGGAAUCUGGUCAGCGGCUGUCCUCAACGUGUCUUGGAGUUAGCAGCCAGCUGCUGUCUGGUGGAGGCCUUCAGACGACCUGGUUUUACAGAAUUGCUGGAUGAAUUGGGGGAAAUCGCGGAGACCCUCGAAUACCAGCCGAAGUCGGAUCUGACCGCGAGCUGAGCAGCUUGGCCAGAAACCCCGUCUGAGAUAGCAGGAGGACAAGGAGCUGUCAAUCAGACUGCCGAGAUCUGUACAUAGUGAAGAACCUGGCCAAGUAUACAGAGUAAAAGUUAUCAUCCUGCCCCUUUUUUAUGAAGGAUGGAGAUGGAUUCCUUCAUUCAAAGUGUCUACAGUGAUGUGGUGAACUUGGUGGAAGAAGGGAUGAAUGUUGAAUGACAUUUUCUGGAGGAGCGCAAACCAAACACUCCUACCUUUCUUCACAGACGUUUAGCCUGUGCUGAUGAAUAACCUUCUAGGUUCAACCCAUAAGGGAUGACUGCAGGUUUUCAUUUUCUGUGUGUGUGUGUGUGUGAGUGAGAGAGAGAGAGAGAGAGAGAGAGAGAGAUUGGUGUGUGUGAGAGAUUGUGUGUUAGUAGACUAAAAUGUCUGGUUAUCUGAUUGUUGUUGCUUUUUUAUGACUUUAUCUUCUUCCUUGUGAAUGGUUUGCCUUGUAACUGAUGAUACAGAUGAAGAAGUCUGUUGAUCUUUCGGCUUCCUCCUUGUAGCUGCUUCCGUUUUAAGCUUGGUUCACAUCACCUCUUUCUCCCACAGACUCAAAAGUCUCAUUCAUCAACACAAAAAAAAAGAAAAAGAAAAGUGGUGUCUGUGGUGUGGCGUUCAGUCUCACCAGGACUUGAGUAACCCGCUCCUCGUGUUACUUGCUACAGGACUAUCUACACCAGCAGUGCUUCACACAUCGCCAUGUAACCAACCAACACACGCUGCUAAUGUGGAGACUGGAAACAUCCAUCAGAAUGUUUUUUUUUAAAAUACGGUCACUUUAUUAGCUUUACAAACUCCUACUCCGCUAUAUUCUCUACGUUAGCGCUGUACAUGUUCUAAAUGAUCUAUGAGCAUUGGGCUUGUUACAUCCUUUCCUAAUUCAACUAAUUUGAAUAUAUAGCUAUACCGAGUUAAAUGUGUGCAUGUAAAUAUUUAAAAUUUUCUUUCUUUUGCUUCCAGAUUUUUUUUCAUUACGGAGUUUGGUUUUUUUUUAUUACCACAACAAAUGAUCUGUGUUCAUUUUACCAGUUUUUGCUACUCGUAAUUUGGGUUGUGUUCUCAACACAACAAGAAAUGUCGGUAAAUGUUAUUUAUUGCACACUUGUUGUCAGUCAUCCGUGACAAAGUAAUAUGCGGCUGUACCCAGUUUUCAGACUUCCUUACGUUCAAGGAUGUGAUUUUACUAGUGAAUUUACAUUUACAGCAGGUCUACUAGCCUGUGUGAGUCAGUGCUCUAAAAACUGUAAGUACUUAAAUAACUGAAACUGCCAUUAAAACAGAUUUCUCCAUUCAGUCUAGAUGAACAUAAAACUUUAAGGCACCUUCUUCAGACUCGUGUGCAGAUAUUCUGUUAUCACCACCAUACCCAAACUAAAGGAGCCUUUCUGGUUUCUGUUUGAAUUAACUUGCUGAAAUAACCAGCUAGAAACACAUCCUGCCACAUGUAAGGACCUGCUUGUAGAUUCAUGGAAUCUAUUUAAUGACAAACUGUUCACCAGCUGACACUUCCAAAUACUCGCAACUCUUUUUUUUUAUCGUUUAUUUGCUACCAUUUGGAGAAUGCCUUGAACAUCUUUUCACUUCAUUUGAACUUUGUGACCAUCUAAUUCAUCUCGGUACAUUUUGGAUAAUGAAGCAUUGUAUGCUAUUUAAAGUAUGGAAAUAUAUAUUUUACAGAUGUCUG